GAGGAGCUGGACCGUCCCCUCCCCGCGCCGGCCCCAGCCCCGCCGGCGUCGCCGCGCUCCGAGCCCCCAUUCCUGAGUCGCCGCUGUCGCUGCUCGUCCCGCGCGCUUCCUUCCUGGCCGCCCUCUCUUCUGGACGAUGGCGCGCCGCAGCCGCAGUCAUCGCCUGGGGCUCGCUCUGGGGCUGCUGCUGGCCCUGGCGCUGGCGCCCCGAGCGCUGCGAGCCAAACCCACAGUGCGCAAGGAGCGCGUGGUGCGGCCCGACUCGGAUUUGGGCGAGCGGCCGCCCGAGGACAACCAGAGCUUCCAGUACGACCACGAGGCCUUCCUGGGCAAGGAAGACUCCAAGACUUUCGAUCAGCUUACUCCAGAGGAAAGCCAGGAGAGGCUGGGGAAAAUUGUUGAUAGAAUAGACAAUGAUGGAGAUGGCUUUGUCACCACAGAAGAGCUAAAAAACUGGAUCAAACGGGUGCAGAAAAGAUACAUCUAUGAUAAUGUUGCUAAAGUCUGGAAGGAUUACGAUCGGGACAAAGAUGAUAAAAUUUCCUGGGAAGAAUACAAACAAGCCACCUAUGGUUACUACCUAGGAAACCCUGCAGAGUUUCAUGACAGUUCAGAUCAUCACACCUUUAAGAAGAUGCUGCCACGUGAUGAGAGAAGGUUCAAAGCUGCAGACCUCAAUGGAGACCAGAUAGCCACUCGGGAGGAAUUUACCGCCUUUCUGCACCCUGAGGAGUUUGAGCAUAUGAAAGAAAUUGUGGUUUUGGAAACUCUGGAGGACAUCGACAAGAAUGGGGAUGGGUUCGUGGAUCAGGAUGAGUAUAUUGCUGAUAUGUUUUCGCAUGAGGACAAUAGCCCUGAGCCAGACUGGGUUGUGUCAGAACGGGAGCAGUUUAAUGAAUUUCGAGAUCUGAACAAGGACGGAAAGUUGGACAAAGAUGAGAUUCGCCACUGGAUUCUCCCUCAAGACUAUGACCAUGCACAGGCUGAGGCCAGGCACUUGGUAUACGAGUCGGACAAAAACAAGGAUGAGAAGCUAACUAAAGAGGAGAUAUUGGAGAACUGGAACAUGUUUGUUGGAAGCCAAGCUACCAAUUAUGGGGAAGAUCUCACAAAAAAUCAUGAUGAACUUUGAUAUACACGCAUCAUAACAUGGCAGACGAUUGUAGGCUUCCUUACUGUCUUGAAUAGUUGUUGCAAUUGUCUAAUUUACACCAGCUGUGUCUCCAAAAAGAAAAACAAUUUUAUUACCUCAAAUUGGGGUAAACAUUGUUUUUGUCUCAAUAUUUACUGGAAAAUAGUCAUGGCUAUUGUUUCAGUAAUAUUUCUCUCAAAAUACAUUAAAAUCUUGGUAAAUUACAAUUCUCUAUGGGGAUGCAUUGCUAAAAUACGACUUUUUCCGUUUUUUCUAUUAAGUAUAAACUGCAAGG